AUGAAUGCCAUCAAACUUUUGACGGGGUACCUACUGGUUUCUUUUGAGGAACUGGGGAUUGUUGGGUCUCUGUUUCUCGCGGCAGCGGGAGCUGUGGUGGUAUGUGCGUGGACCGCCUGGUGGCUGCGACCGCGCCAUUCGGUUGCGUCUUCUGAAGAGGUCAAAUUUGACAAGGAUGUUGGAGAGGCCGCAUUAACAGGAAAAUCAGAGACAGCAGAAGCCCCAGCAAGAAGGAAGGAAGCAAAAGCACGGUCCGAUAAGGAUCCCACCGGUAGAAUGACUGCACCUGGAGAGCCGAAAAGGGAAGACUCUAUACAACCUACUUCUGUCCUGCGUGGAUAUCCAGAAGUGGACUCCAUCAUGGUUUCACCAUGUCAACGUUACCUAUUUAUUCAUUGCCGUAGCAAACGUAGGGCGCGGUUGUAUCCACAGAACAGGAAUCGUGCCUUCAUGGAACGUGGGAAGGAAUUACAGGAGAAGCACUUUGUUUCUGUUGAUGAGGCAGUAAUUUCUGCUACUGGAGGCGACGCGAAGGUGGAGUUGUAUGCUGCUGCCUUUUCCUACGACGGCGAAAGGAUUAUGAUCAGCGAGAGGAACAGUGAUACUUUUUUUCUCUUUUCUAUUGGCACAAAGUGUCAGUUGACCCUGCAGUCGUCAUGUAAGUUGCCCCAUCGUAGGCUAGUCUCGACUCUACCGCCGUGGGGGGUGGCCGGCGCGGCCUAUGACCUCAUUGUUAUGACGUACGACAAUGGCUGUGAAGUGGAGGUCUUUAGUCUUCAGUCGAAGGAAUUUCUCGGAAAGGCGAAGUUCAAGGUGGGAAAUGCCUUGGCCUGGGCGCAGCGAGACCUCACCAUUGCCGCGGCUGGGUCAUUUCUUAAGGAACCGCGGGUGGCGACGUUGCAGGUGCGCCCUAAUGGAAACGGGAUCCAACUACUAAAUAGCGUGAACGUGGAGGAAAUUGCGAAGGUGCGUGUCUCUGCAUUGUGUCUCACCUCCAAAAACGUUCCGGCGUUUAACACACGCGAGUAUCUGAUAGCCUUCACGGAAGAAGGUGUCGGAUACAUUUACGACAUUGAGCUGAUGACAGUAAACUCCAAAACAGAGCGUUCAUUGUCCCUUGUGGGCCGCUUCGAGGAUGACUCGUUUGCUGGAUACGACGCUGCGUGUCCUGUUCGCAUGACAUUUUGCAUCUACGGUACCUCGCAUCACGAGCGUUUGGCUGUUGCGCUUUUCCGGGGCAGCAGCUUAACGGUUUACCGCCAAACUUCUGUGUAUGGUAAAUCCGAUGAGCUCUUUACGAUGGAGCCUGUUAUGAUGCUGCGUCAUUGUCACGGGGGUGGUGGAGUAGAGCAGGUGGUGUUUGUCCAGAACGGGGAGGGGCUUGCAACGAGCGGUCGUGCAGACGGCAGGCAUAUUUGUCUUUGGGCCCUUCCGCCGCUCCCCAAUUAA